AUGCCCACCAGGUCCGAAACCGACGCUCCGUCUAAGACAAAGAGGGCGGAGGGAGAAACAUUCACUUUCGUUGGCUCUGAGACAGGCGAUACUUAUUAUGCACUCAUCCGCAGUCAGAUCAACAACGAACCAAAGUACACCGCAGAUGACGGCAUUACAGCAUGGGGUAACGCCAACAAUGAAGUGGUUCAGAACAUCCAGACUACUACCUUCAGCUCUCAGACCGGUCUCUCAGACGGUACAACCAUCAACGUGCGUGGCUCAAUGGUCGGUGGGGAGCAGUGGGUGGCCAUUGGCGACUCAGCUGAGUGGGGAAGCAUAUUUGAGGAGAUCCAGGUCGAGAACCAGGUACAGCUGGACCCGGAGUAUUUCUACUUCACAGUCGGGAAGGUUGCGGACACGGCCUACUUCAACUUCUCGUUGACACUGGAGUGGGUUGACACUUCAUAG